AUGAUUGGUUUACAUUUUUAUCUGUUUGAAGUUGUUUUAUGUAUAGCUGGCUAUAUACAUUAUCCCAACGUAACAUAUUAUAAACAUGAGUUUUCUAAAAAUGUUUCCUACAACACAUCCGAAAAUUCACAUGAACAACAACAUUUUAAGGAUGCUGUUCGAAAGUUUUUCGAAUCUUGGCUCAAAGACAUGAAUACAAAUCAUUCAAUGGAAGCAGAAUUAAAAAUCAAAAAGGAAAAUGAGACAUUUAAUUUAGAUUCAAAAAGUUAUAAAACGAUUGUUGAAAAUGAAAAAAUGAAUAUUACUGAUGAUCAAUUGUCUCCAAUGAAUGUUUCCAGUCUAUCAUUUAUGAAGAAUGGAUUUGACAAUCACACACAUCAUCAACUAGACCAGAAAAACGAGAAAUUUUCAGACGAACAUUUUGAAAGAAAGCUACAAGCAAUAACUAAUCAAAGUGAGCAAAUCAAAAAACACCUUGCUGAUGUAAACUGGUUGUUUGUGUGA